ACGUAAAACAACAAAAAGUAUCCGAAUGCAGUCCAUUCAGUGAACAUAUACUGCCUGCUCAGUUUAAAAAAAGUUUGAAUCCUUACAAUCGUAGUAAACAGUUUUUAAAAAUGAACGGGCUUUGUCUGAUGAAAGUGGUGAAUCAAAGCUGAGUUUAUGGGGUGUCAGUGUCAGUGCCCUUCUGUUUAUAAGGGCUAAUAAAUGAAUAUAUUAAUUAUGUUUCAAGUUAUAUGGUUGCUUGGAAAGAGCUUCCACCCCAAGUAUGCAGCAUACUCAGCUCAGAAAAUCCGAAAAUCCUGACCAAUUCCUUUCUAGCAGUACAGUCAAGACUUCUUAUGUAGCUCAGCCAUCAGCCUAAUAUUUUUUUUUAAAGUUCCUAAUGUGUUCUUUAUGAGUUUCCUUGUAUGCCUGUCAACAUUUGUAGAAACCAAUGAUUUCGCCAAUAGGGUCAGUUGCCCCUUUGAGAAUAUUGUUUUAUUUUAAAUAUCAACACCACCAAUAUCACCAUCCCUCUCCCACUAAAUAAUUUAUAUCAGUAUUUAUCCCGGAUAUGUGAUCGGUGGAGGAAUAGAAAAUACCUCCUGCUUAUUUUCAUCCAUUCAAAGCCAGGCAGUUUACUAUAUACAUAAAUGCUCUAUUGGCGGCAAGGCUUUUAUGCCACAAAUGAUUUUAAUAUUUACAUGAAACAAGCCAUUACUUCUAACAUAGGCAUCAAUGGUAGUUAUGAAAUACUGAUUCCCCCCCCCUCCCCUCAUUGCUCUCUCAAUGUUGCAGUUGGCUAGACAGGAGCUCAUCUCUUGGCUGUGGGGCAUAUACAGACCGUCUGCUUUUGAACAGUCCUUCUUUUGACACCUCCAUGGUCCACUUCUCAUUCCCAGAAAGGGAAGGGGGGGGGGAAAGUCUCAGGAGAUGGGCCUCUUAAACUCUGCUUUGUGCAUUACUUUGCCUGUGAGCAGGGACCACCAAUUAUAAUUUAUAAUUUUAGAUUUAUAUACUUAAAAAUGUAAAUGGUGAAUGUAAAAAGCAGGUUUGCAAACAUGUCGCUAAAGUACAUUUUCCUUCAGGAUGUACUUCCCCCCCCCAACACUCCUGCCCCCCCCCACGCCCCCCCACCCAGUAAUCAUGCAGCAGUCUGUAGCUGUAUGGAGCUGAAGUUCAGCUAGACUGAAACAGCUACAGGUUUCUUGCCCCCAGAGACCACCCAUUUGCUGAAAUAAAAUGCAGAUUUUUUUUUCCUGGUUAGGGAAUAAUGGAAUUGAUGGCCAGGUUCCUCUGUGAUCAUUACAAUUUAUUCUUCCUUUCCUUUCCUCUUCCCCCGCUGUGCCCUAUCCAUACCCAUACCCCCUCCCCUGCAAGACAAGCAGUUUGCAGAAAGAUCCUUGAGAAUAACGGAGAGAAAUUUCCACCAACUUUCCAAAGGCUUUAAAUGCAGGUUUUUUAUUGUACUGUGAUUUUUAAAAAAUUGUUCCCCCCCCAAAUCAUAGCUUACAAUGAAACCUACUGCUUGAUUAAUCAAAAAAAAUGUUUUUAAUGAGCUCUGCAAGUUUUAUUUCAUAGGACAUAUCUUAGAAUGGUGUUUUGCUGAGCUCCAGAAGGUUUAUUUUAUAGGACAAGUCUUAGGAGAACACUAAUGAAGUUCCAGUGACUUUUUUUUCCCAUUCCACAAAUAUUUCCAAUUUGUCUGCACCAAUCAGGAUAGAGCUUCUCACCCUAACCCAGCACAUUACUGGCUGGUGGGUUUAGGAAAAAUGAGCUAUCUAUCUAUCUAUCAUUGCAUCUAUCAUCUCCUUCACACUUUAGAGAUGUGAUCAACCCUAAAUGAGGAAGAUACUUAGAAGUUGCUGUUAUGUGCACACACACAAACACACACACACAAACACACAUGUACACACACAAAGUGCUUGUUUUUUGCUGGAUAGAAAGGAAUUAUUGGUGCAACAGUCUGUGAGUUCUCCAUAUUAUAUUGUUUCUUUAGCUUCAGGAGGCAUCUUUUAGCCGCCAUUAUCUGCAUUGUUAUCAGUAAAGAUAAGGGCACUAGAAUCAGUGGUGGGAUUCAGCCAGUUCGCACCACUUCGGGAGAACUGGUUGUUAACUUUCUGAGCAGCUUGGCAAACUGGUUGUUGGAAGAAAUCAUUAGGGCAGAGAACCGGUUGUUAAAUUACUUGAAUCUGACCACUGACUGGAAUGAAUAUUUCAAAGGGAACAAAAUAUCAGGACCAUAUUUUGUUAUUCAGGUACUGCAUGUGCAACCUUUGCCACAGAAUUUGAGAACUUCAUUGAUUUAAGAACAUCACUGGGUCUUUUGAUCCUGGCAGGAAUCCAGAAUAAAUAGGAACAUAUCAACAGCCAAACUUUAUAAUAUAUAUAUACACAAUACACUUAUAAACACACACACACAACCAUAUUUAAUCAUUUAAUCAAUAUAUUUAAUAAAUUGAUAUGCUAGUCUUGGUACUGAUGGGUAUCCACAGCUAAUUAAUCCAAAGGCUCUCCAGAUGAGCUAGAUUUGUUUUACUACUUCCAAAAACCCAUGAGAAGUUUUUAAAAGAGAGAGAGAGGGAGAGAUUGAGAGAGAGAUUGAGAGAGAGAGAGAGAGAAAUUCUGGGGAAGGAAGGAAGGAAGGAAGAAAGCAUUUCUCCCCCCACUUUUUUUUCUUUAAAAAUAGCAACUAAUAAAAUCUGAGCCAGUGGGAGGAGAUCCCAGAGGAGAGGAUAUGGAAUUGAUUAUUGUUACUUAUUAUGUCAAAUAAGCAAGCAUUAUUCUAACUGCCCCAACCCCCCAGCCUCCCAAAGUCACUUUUUGAGUAUAACCUCGAGUCAAUGUUCAGAGCCCAAGAGCACCGGCAUUUUGCUUGCUGGUGUUGAAAUCCUACACAGUCAAAUCGCUAAAAUAAUAAAAUAAACUCAUCAUCAUCAUCAUCGGGCAGAUUACAGAUGUCAGCUCUUUAGUGCACAUUGAGCACCACAUUUGCAGAUCAUCAUUCUGGGAGACCGCCUUUGUUUUCCACUCAGAAACACUGAAACCCCAAACUGGGCUGUCUCUGUUUAAGGUUCCUGUUCCUUUUUUAGCAGCGGUUGCCUAAGGAAGGCAGAGGAGCGUCCUUCCUACCUACUUAGGGGGGUUUGCCCUUAGCACGUGGUUGAGGAGGGUCUUUUCUCAGCAGUAAGGACUGGAAGUGUCUCUGGAUUCCUUUCACACGCAUUGCACGGUCUCCAAGUCUCCUUCCCCACCCCUUCAAUCCACCCCUUGCAUCCGACAAGGACGGGACAUGCACAGGGCUCUGCAGGAAGAUGACCAAAAGGCCUCAGAAGACAGCUGGUGCCGAGUUCUCACUAGGAGGCCCUCCUUUAGCCAGCCGCACUUCCCAACCUCACUGAUAUCCCUGGAGGAGUCAGAAACACCCACAGGGUCUUCAGAGGGCUCCAAAGGUUCCCGACGACGACGUGCAUCCCUGAGACCUCUAGGGAACAGUCAUGAUGAGACCUCCAGGUUACGGCAGCUGUCAUUGGUUACCUCUUCCAGUCCUUGUGACGCCACCACCACCAAUGGCAGUAUCAAAUCGUGUAGCGGCCAUGUACCAAAACAGGUCUUCCCUUGGAUGAAGGAAACAAGGCACAGCGCCAAGCAGAAGACCCACCAUCCUUUUUCAGACAGCAGCUCUCCAUCAAGUUUCGCCUCGUCCAAGAGAAUUCGCACAGCCUACACCCAAACGCAGCUGGUGGAACUGGAAAAGGAAUUUCAUUUUAACAGGUACCUCUGCCGGCCCCGCCGAUUGGAAAUGGCCCAGCUUCUGAGGCUCUCCGAGAGGCAAAUCAAGAUCUGGUUUCAGAACAGACGAAUGAAGUACAAGAAAGACAGCAGGAUGAAGGGCGCCGUCUUGGCAUCGCCCAAUAACCGCUUUGAAGUGGGUGACUAUUAUGGGCACGUGGAGGCUGACUACGAGAUAGCCCCAUCGAAUUCCUGCAGCAAAUCCUUGGAAGAGAUUGACAGUUCAGCAGGGUACACAGGUCCUCUCUGUAACAGCCCUGUGACUUCAAUCUCUUUGGACUAUGGCCCUUUCUUUGGACCGGGAGAAAGCCAUCCUUAUGGACUUCCAGUUCUGCAAGGGAGCCCAAGAGCAAUGGGAGAAAAUUAUAUGGGAAAUGUGCCCGGGGUUGACUCUUUCUUCAGCUACCCUGAUUACUCCUCUGGAAACCUGGAGUACAGCUGUGCUGCUGAAAUCCCAAGCCAACCCCAGCUUGGGCCAUCCAACUCAUAUCCCAUUUACACAGAUUUAACCACACAUCCUGUGCCUCAGGGAGAUUCUCAGGGACCUGUAAAUCUUAUGCAUCUGUGAGAGUUGCCUGGACGGAAGCAGAGCAGGGGAAAUUGCUACAGUCCUAUUAUCUCAUUAAAACAAAUACCUCUAAGUGCAACCAACAGUAUUCCUCCCUCCCUCUCUGCCCACCCAUUACCUCCUAUUUAUUUAACUGUAUUGAAGUAAAAUUUAUUGGCUGGGGAAAGGUAGAAGCCACUGUUGGAUGUUUUACUCAAGGAAAGACCAGUUUGAUUUUUAAUAAUAGUGAUAAUAAUAAUAAUAAAACACCAUCGAAUAACAGCAUCUGCCUAUCUUGGGGAUAGGACUCAAUAGGUGGAUAAAAAUGCCAAAUCCAGUCUAAACAUCUGGCUGGUUGUGCAAUGGAUCAUAAUAAUAAUAGUAAUAAUAAUAAUAAUAAUAAUCUGGUCUGUUUCUUACAAGAAACACAUGUUGUAAUAUACUUUUAUGAAAGAUGUGAGAUUGGAUCUCAGCCAUCCAGUAGCAGAAGCAGCCAUUUGCCCACAGGUGGGGGAAGAAAGUCUCAUCUGAGUUACUUUCGUUUUCCAGGCGUUGCUUUCCCUAAAAUUAAAGAAAGUAAUUAAAAUUG